AUGACGAUUCCGACGAGCGCGACCGCUCCUUUCGCCGCGUCGACGGUGGGGGGAUCGCACCGAGGCGCGCGACCCCGCCCCGUCGUCGCCGCGCACGUCCGCCACGGCGUCCGCCCGGCGUCGUCCUUCGCGCUCUCCGCCGCGGAGACCGCCACGGCAUCGUCCACCGCGGAGAUCGACGUGAACGCCGCCAAGGCGGCCGCCGCGGCGCAGGGCGAGACGGUCCGAUCCCUCAAGGAUGCGCUCAAGAAGGGCGACGUCACCAAGGACGACGUGGACGCCGCGGUGAAGAAACUCCUCGAGCUCAAGGCGAUCGUCGAGCAGCUGGAGAACCCCGCCGCCGCCGCCGCCGCCGAAGACGCCGGCGCGAAGGCCAAGGACGCGUCAUCCGCGGGCAACCCCUCCGCGGGCAAGGACGUCGGCGUGACGCCCAAAUCGCAAGAUUUCAGCCGGUGGUACCUGGACGUCAUUCGCGAGUGCGAGCUCGCGGAUUACGGACCCGCGCGCGGCACGAUGGUGAUCCGACCGUACGGCUACGCCAUCUGGGAGGCCAUCCAGCGUUGGAUGGACGCGGACUUCAAAAAGUCGGGCGUCCAGAAUGCGUACUUUCCCCAGCUCAUCCCGUACUCGUUCAUCACCAAAGAGGCGUCGCACGUGGAGGGGUUCUCCCCCGAGCUCGCGCUCGUGACGCGCGGCGGCGGCAAGGAACUCGAGGAACCCCUCGUCGUGCGCCCGACGUCGGAGACGAUCGUGAACCACAUGUUCACGCAGUGGAUCCAGUCCUACCGCGACCUCCCGCUGUUGAUUAACCAGUGGGCAAACGUCCACCGGUGGGAGAUGAGAACCCGCCCUUUCAUUCGAACGCUUGAGUUUCUGUGGCAAGAAGGGCACACAGCGCACGCCACGGGCGAGGAAGCGGAGGCUCGCGCGGUGCAGAUGAUCGACUGCUACGCGCGGUUCGCGGAGACGGUGGCGGCGAUGCCGGUCAUCGUCGGUCGCAAGUCCCGAGUCGAGUCAUUCGCGGGCGCCGACUGCACGUACACCAUCGAGGCGAUGAUGGGCGACGGCAAGGCGCUGCAAGCCGGGACGUCGCACAACCUCGGCCAGAACUUCUCCAAGGCGUUCGACACCACUUUCCUGGACGAGAAGGGCGAGACGCGGCACGUGUACCAGUCCUCAUGGGGGGUCUCCACCCGCCUCAUCGGCGGGAUCAUCAUGACGCACGGCGACGACGCGGGGCUCCGACUUCCCCCCGAGCUCGCGCCCAUUCAAGUCGUGGUCGUGCCUAUCGCGCAGAAGAACAAGGACAAGGCGGCGGUCGCAGACGCCGCGAACGCCAUCGCCGCCACGCUGACGAACGCGGGGAUACGGGUCAAGGUGGACGACGACGAUCGCAACUCCCCGGGGUGGAAGUUUGCGCAGUGGGAGAUGAAGGGCGUGCCGAUUCGCGUCGAGGUUGGCCCGAAGGACGUGGCGAAGGACGCGUGCGUCGUCGCCAGGCGGGACCGGCCGGGGAAGGAAGGGAAGGAGUUCGACGUAAGUACCGUCGAACCGACAUCCCUGGUGGCCAAGAUCCGCGGGACCCUGGACGACGUGCAGGCUUCGUAUUUGGCGCAGGCGAAGGCGUUCAGGGAUGCCAACAUCGUCGACGUGAGCACGUACGAGGAGCUCGUCGCCGCCGUCGAGGCGGGCAAGUGGGCGCGCGGCGGAUGGGAGGGCAGCGACGAGGACGAGAAGCGGGUCAAGGAGGAGACGGGCGCGACGAUACGAUGCUUCCCCUUCGAGCAGCCCGCGGGUCCGCACAAAUGCAUCAUGAGCGGCGCGCCCGCAAAGGAGGUUUGCAUCUUCGCCAAGUCGUACUGA